GCGGCUCAUAGCAGAAGUGAGCUAACCGUAGUUAAGAUCGAGUCUUCGUCGCCCCGCGAAGUGUGGUUCGCGAUUGAAAGGAGAAGAGCGUUUUUCGGUACGCGGCGGUCGCAUCCACAGGUACCACCUUUGGAUUUGUUUGUGCUUUCAUCAGUUCUAAGCUUGGAUACGCGAGCCGGCACUUUGCCGCUGCUGAACUUUAUCUAGGAUAACUGCAUUAUGAAAUUGACUGAAACAAACAAAUCUACACAAAAAUAACGAUUAUGUCUUCAUUAUUUGUCUACUCCUUCCUCGUUUUUCUCUCUUGCGCUGCUUCACAAUCCAACUACGCUGACCAAGCCAAUAACGUCGAAUACAAUGGUGAUGGACUACCACCUGAAGCCACCUUGGAUGGGAAGGUCACAAAAUUGGACGAUCUCAGCCCAGUGAUAUUCCUCAACAGGACAAAGGCCGCUCUAAAUUGUGCUGCCGGAUCUAUGCUGGUUGAAUUAAAGUUCAAUGAUGCAUUCCAUGGUAUUGCUUAUGCAGAUUUUGAUAGAAACUCGGCGUGUCAAGUUACUGGCAGAGGUGAUCAUAGCUACAAACUCGAAUUACCUCUGAAGGGCUGCGGUACAAGACAGGAUCCGCAAAGAGUUUUUACUAACAACAUUGUAGUGAGGUUUCAUCCUAAUUUAGAAAUGGAUGGAGACGAAAUUAUUACUAUUGUAUGUAGGUAUCCUCCUCCGAUAGCUCCAGUACCUCCAAUACCACUGCCAAUUCAAGAAGCAGCAGUACCAGUGGCUGCCUUAGAACCACCAUUGAAAGGUUUCCAAAUCUUGCUUAUAAUAUGCGGAAUCCUGUUCCUUUCCUUGUUGCUUCUUGGUUUAGGAUGCUCAUACUAUUGCCUAAGAAGAAGACCAGUUACCUUCAUUCGACCAUUCUCGAGUAUCGGUAGCGAUUCGGAAAUUACCAAAUUAUCUGGCAGCUCACUUGGCACACUUUCCAUGUUCGAGGGUCUCAAAAUACCCCGUGCUCAUGCGCCAGUGGGUAUUACUGGAAGCAGUUCCGGAAGCGAAGAGGGUAACCUCAUCAGCGAUACGCUUCCUUCUGAUUAUCCUUCCGAGUCGCAUUCUGAAGUUGAAGAAACCCGAUCUCUACCAGUUUCUUCGGCUGGUAGUUUUGAAAACAGAGCCUUCAUCCAAGACCAUGGAAGCUUCUUCGGCUCAGAAGGCUACGGCCAUACUCAAGAGCAACAUAUUCAAAACGCCGCCAUGGCCCAUUUGGAAACAGUUCCUAGAUUACCAUUAGCAGUGAAAGCUGAGCAACCAAACUUUGACGUUCAAAUGCGAGUGAAACGGGCUCCACCUUCACCGACAAGCCUCUCAUUUUCCGACACAGAGAGUAUGAGAACUGAGAGAAAUCUCUCAACAAUUCCAGAACAACUGGAAGAUAUGAGCGUUAGGUCAGUGUCUCCACCUAUUAAUGAAAGAACACACUUUACUUACGUCCCAGAAUUGCAUCAUCCUCCAAAGCAUAUUCAACCAGCACCAACUUAUAACAGGAUACUUAGAAAACAACAGGAAAUGGCCGAUGCAAGAUCCAUAGCUUCUCUAAAUACAGAAAUGACUGACACUCAUAGUGUAACAGAAACAAUUGAUGAUUCGCAUCAUAUCUUUGUAGCUUCAGUGCCUCCACCCCCACCGCCAAUUAUACCCAAACAAGAAUACAUCAUGGAAAUGGAACAUCCUGGUAAAUUAGAACCUCCUAUAGCACCUGUUCAUAAGCCUGAAAUAACUUCACAUGUGGUUGAUGAUGUAUUCCUGAGAACUAUAACAGAAAAGAAAACUAUUGAGGACAUUGAAAGGCAUAAAAGAUUAAUCACUGAGUUCCAUUCUCGUACUAAACCACCACCAGUACCACCAAUAGACACUACCAGGUGGGAUGUAACAAUUAAAAAUUAUCCUGUUCAAGUGGAUCCUCCAGAAUGGGAAGACUUUUCAGAUAUUUCAUCAGCUUCAGGAUUAACUUUAACGUCCAAUUAUGAUAGGGCAGCUCUACAUUUGCCUCCUCAACCACAAAUCAAUGACAAUAAGUUACCAUUAAAUGCACCAGAGUUAGUCAGUAAUAUUGGUUCGCAGCCACAUAGACAGUUGGUUACCAGUGAUUUGACAACAAGACAGAGGGACUCCCUACAUACAGCUGAUGCAAGAGAAGAAAACUUCCUUUCCACGUUCAAUAUACCAUUAGAAAAUUCACAAGUACCAAACUGGAACGUUUUGAUUAGAGUUCUACAGCCUACAGAGCAAGAAGAAGAAGGUCCUGUCAUUGAAAGCGCUGAAACUUUCAACUCCCAACUAACUCUUAGCGACAAAAUGAAAUGGAGACAAAUUAUUACGACAGAGUCGACUUUACGAACUCUUCUUACUGAAGCUGUAGUAAAAGAAGACUUUGAGAAAAUCCGAAAGGAUCAACGAUACGAGAAAAUAUUCGAACCACCAAAGUGGGACGUGAUUAUUAGAAUUCUGACUCCGAUCGACAAACAACCUAAAUCUAGAUUUAGGAAGAAGAGUGACUGGGAUAACAGAAGCCGACGUAGCAGCUUGCCAACCUUAUACGAAUACGAUUCAGAUGGCGGAAGCAGUGUAAAAACUUUAACAAGAGAACCUAUGGUUUAUCCGUCUAUGCCUAGAAGAUCUUCAAGAUCAAGUUAUAAAAGCGAAGCUGAUCUCAGGUCAAUGUCAGAAAUGACCGUUGACUUUGCAAGACCAGAUCAUUUUGAUAGUCAAUCAGAAGCUUCAAGUUACUACCCUGACAGGCGAUACUAUGAAGAUUCUGAAGUUGAUGGUGGAUCGAUGCAUGGAAGGUCAUUGGCUAGAUCUUUGAGUCAACCCAGUUUGGCUAGAUCUGCUAGUGAAUUUACAGAAAGAUGGGUUGCACCCUCUCGGUACGAUACUGCAAGUGAGUUUACUUCCCCCGAGGGUACUCCAAAAUCUCAAAGAAGUAGUCGCAUUCAACCUUUCCAUUUACCUAGAACAGAAACUGAGCAGCAGUCUUCCUGGCAAGCCAGCGAGUCUAGAAGGGUAACUAGGGGUCCAGGAACUACCACUGAGGAGAUGACCAGAGAAUUUAGAAGCGAAGCCAAGACCAGUUUCAUGGGUGCGAAGCCGAAAAGAGGAUGGUUCGGCGGCGACAACGAAAGUGAAGCUAGUUACAAAUAGUAUUAGGUGAAGACAUAUUCCAUUUAUAUUUUAAAUUUUAAUAUUUUAAUUGCCAUCACGUCCUCUACUUAAGUAAAUGUAAGUAUUUUAAUAUAAAAUAUAUUCCUAAAUAUCGUGCUAGUUUCAGAUUCUACCUAGGUAUUGUUAUGUUGCUCUAACGUCUAUAAGACGCGAGUUCACUAUCUAAAAUUACUUCUCAAAAAGCAACGUAACAGUAUUUAUUCUGGAAUUUAUAUUACGAAAUUAUAAAAGAAAGAUGAAGAGAUUCCAGUUCUUUCAAAUUCAGUAUGAAAGUAGCAAAUCUAUUUUGAAAUUGAUUCUUUCGUACCUAUGUGUAUUAUAUUUAUAAAAUAAAUUGAUCACGGCAUAUCAGACAUAAAUGAAAAGGUGUCAAAAUAUGUUUUCGUCAACUAGGAUUUGAAUCUGGGACCUACUCCAAUACAGUAUUGAAUAGAUUUUUUUUUUAAGCCAUAAUCUUUAAAAAUUAGAAAUAACAUGUAUUUUUGAGUUGCUUAAUUGUGAAGGUAUAUAUUGAAAUUGCCUUAUAGGUGAGUAAAUAUAUUGGAAUUUGUUUAGGGUUGAAACCACAUUGUACUUAGUAUAAACAUUAUCGUAACUAGCUGUGAUAACCAUUUGUACUUAAGAAACAAAUGGCUAAGUAGCAAUAUUUACUGGCUUACUUUUAAACCUAAUCCUUACCCGCUUUUUCACUUUUAUGUAAUAUUCAAAACUGAAGAAUUGGGUAAAUAUUUUUCCUACUAUAUUUUCUUUUCUUCUUAUGUAUUAUAAGAUAAAAUGCGGCAGGUGCCAUACUAUAGUCAGUUAUAUAACGAAAUGACAUAAUAAUAAAAAAUAUAUUAUAAAAUGCAAAAAUAAUAAGGGAUAUACCGAGAGACAUCCAAACCAUAUAGCUGCCGCUUAAUGUAUCUUUGCUCAAUUUGCCUAUAUUUCAAAUGGGGGAAAUGGUGAUGGGGAAUCCAAAGCUUUUAUAUUUCGUUCUAACUAAUUAAUUUAAUGUAGUAAUAAUUUUAGUGAGAAUAAGUGAUUUUUUUGUAAAGUUUAACUAUUAACGAAAAUAAUAUUAUUCUGUAAUUUUUUGGAAAAAAUAAAUAAAAAUAUAUUGGCAAUAAAAUAAACGCUUCAAUUUUGUAA